AUGUAUCUCUAUAAUCUUACGCUUCAGCGGGCGACGGGCAUUAGCCACGUCAUAUUCGGCAACUUCUCAGGGACGAAGGAGCAGGAAAUAGUGGUCGCGAGAGGGAAGAUUCUCGAGCUAUUACGGCCAGAUGCCGCGGGAAAGCUGCAGAGCCUGUACGCGGUAGAAGUCUUCGGCGAGAUUCGCUCGCUCGUCCAAUUCCGCCUCACGGGAUCCUCUAAGGACCUUAUUGUCGUGGGAUCCGAUUCUGGCCGAAUCGUUAUUCUGGAGUAUAACCGGGAGAAGAAUCUCUUCGAUAAGAUUCACCAGGAGACGUAUGGCAAGUCGGGAUGUCGCCGGAUCGUCCCUGGCCAAUUCCUGGCCGUGGAUCCGAAAGGACGAGCGGUCAUGAUCGCCGCCUGCGAGAAGCAGAAGUUCGUGUACGUUCUGAACCGCGACAGCUCGGCGCGCCUCACGAUCUCAUCCCCGUUAGAAGCGCACAAGUCGCAAACCCUAGUCUUUUCCGUGGUCGGCGUGGACUGCGGAUUCGACAACCCCAUUUUCGCCGCCAUAGAGCUCGAUUACGCCGACGCGGAUCAGGACCCGUCGGGCCAAGCAGCGGCAGACGCGCAGAAGCAGCUAACCUUUUACGAGCUUGAUCUGGGUCUGAAUCACGUCGUGCGGAAAUGGGCCGAGCCCGUCGACAACGGCGCGAAUCUCCUCGUCGCCGUCCCGGGCGGCGCGGACGGGCCGUCGGGCGUGCUGGUGUGCGCGGAGAAUUUCGUGAUUUACAAGAACCAGGGCCACCCGGACGUGCGCGCCGUCAUUCCGCGCCGCGCCGACCUGCCGGCCGAGCGCGGCGUGCUGAUCGUCGCCGCCGCGACGCACAAGCAGAAAUCAAUGUACUUCUUCCUCCUGCAGACGGAAUACGGCGACGUCUUUAGGGUUACCCUAGAGCACGACCCGAAGGACACGGACCGCGUGGCGGAACUUAAAAUUAAGUACUUCGACACGAUUCCGGUGGGCGCGGGGCUGUGCGUGCUGCGCGCGGGGUUCCUAUUCGCGGCGUCGGAGUUCGGCAACCAUGCGCUGUACCGGUUUCAGGGCAUCGGCGACGACGAUGAGGUGGAGUCGAGCUCUGCGACUCUCAUGGAGACGGACGAGGGAUUCCAGCCCGUCUUCUUCCACCCCCGCCGCCUCAAGAAUCUUGUUCAGAUCGACGAGGUCGAGUCGCUGAUGCCGCUCCUCGACCUCAAGGUAUCCAACCUAUUCGACGAGGAGACCCCGCAGGUCUUUGCGCUGUGCGGCCGCGGCCCGCGCUCCUCCCUGCGCAUCCUGCGCCCGGGGCUGGCAGUCACGGAGAUGGCGGUAACGCAGUUACCAGGCGUGCCGAGCGCCGUGUGGACGGUGCGCAAGAGCGCGCAGGACGAGUUUGACGCCUACAUCGUGGUGUCGUUUGUGAAUGCGACCCUCGUGCUGAGCAUUGGCGACACCGUGGAGGAAGUCAGUGAUAGUGGAUUCCUGGACACGACUCCGUCACUUGCUGUGUCGCUGCUGGGGGAGGACUCGCUUAUGCAGGUGCACCCAAGCGGCAUUCGGCACAUCAGGGCGGACGGGCGAAUCAACGAGUGGAAGACGCCCGGCAAGAAGAGCAUCGUCAAAGUCGGCUGCAACCGCUUCCAGGUCGUAAUCGCUCUCUCAGGCGGAGAGCUGGUGCAUUUCGAGAUGGACGUGAGGGGGCAGAUGGUGGAGAUGGGCAAGAAGGACAUGCCGGGGGACGUUGCCUGCCUCGACGUCGCCCCCAUCCCUGAGGGCCGCCAGCGAGCACGCUUCCUGGCCGUCGGAUCGUACGACUCGACGGUUCGGAUCCUCUCGCUGGACCCUGAUGAGAACAUGCAGGUGCUGAGUGUGCAGGCGGUGUCAGCCCCACCGGAGUCCCUGCUCUUCCUGGACGUCCCCACGGGGCCCGGCACAGACGGUCCCUCCUCCACCGCUGCCGCCUCCUCCUCCUCCGCUGCUGCCGCCCACGUGCCGUCCAGUCUCUUCCUCAACGCCGGCCUGCAGAACGGAGUGCUGCUCCGCACUGAAGUGGACAAGAACUCCGGGCAGCUCUCUGAUUCGCGCACGCGCUUCCUCGGGCUGCGCGCGCCGAAACUUUUCGGUGCCCAGCUGAGGGAGCGGCGCGCCAUGCUCUGCCUCUCCAGCCGCCCCUGGCUCGGUUACUCCCUUCUGGGAAGCUUCCAUCUAACGCCUCUGUCCUACGAGGCUCUAGAGUAUGCGGCACCGUUUGCGUCGGAUCAGUGCCCAGAGGGUAUUGUGGCGGUGGCAGGAGAAACGUUGCGAGUUUUCACGGUGGAGAGGCUUGGAGAGGUUUUUAAUCAGACGGUUAUUCCGCUGCGGUACACCCCGCGCAAGGCUGUGCUGCAUCCGCGUUAUAAGAACAUUGUGACUAUAGAGAGCGACCAGGGCGCGUUCUCGGCGGAAGAAAGGGAGGAGCUGAGGAAGGAAGCGAUUGAAGUGACCGGGGCUGCGGAACGGAUGGAGGAGGAGAGAAGGGAGAGGAAGGAAGCGGCGAGAGCAGCGAGAGGGGCCCGAGGGGAGGACGGGGAGGAGGGGAUGGAGGAAGACGAGGAAGAGGAGGAAGAGGAGGAGGACGAGAAAGCCAAAGACCCGCUGCCAGACGAGCAAUUCGGGUACCCGAAAACAGUCCCGUCAAAAUGGGCAUCAUGCAUCCGAGUAAUCAACCCCAAGGCAGGCGAGACGACGUGCCUCUUGGAGCUCACAGACAGCGAGGCAGCCUUCUCCCUCUGCACGGUCAAUUUCCACGCGGAUAAGACCGAGGGCGGGGCGGCAGCAGGACAGUACCUGGUGGUCGGCACGGCGAAAUCCCUGCAGUUCUGGCCCAAGAGGAACCUUCUGGGAGGGUUCCUCCAUGUGUAUAAGUUUAAGGGCGAGGAUGGGAGGGAGCUGGAGUUGGUUCAUAAGACUGCGGUGGAAGGGGGGGUGCCGACGGCCCUGUGUGCGUUUCAUGGGAGGCUGCUGGUGGGCGUGGGGAAUGUGCUGCGGAUAUAUGACCUGGGGAAGAAGAAGCUGCUGAGGAAGUGCGAGAACAAGCAGUUCCCGCAUGCCAUCGUGAGCAUUCAUGCGUGCGGUGAUCGCAUCUACGUGGGCGACGUGCAGGAGUCAUUCCACUACGUGCAGCACAGCCGGCAGGAGAACCAGCUCUACGUGUUCGCAGACGACGUCACGCCGCGCUGGCUGACCUCGGCGCUGCGCGUCGACUUUGACACCAUGGCGGGCGGGGACAAGUUUGGCAACGUGUGUCUCGUGAGGCUUCCAGGGGAGAUCUCCGAGGAGAUUGAGGAGGAUCAGACUGGCGGGCGGGUCAAGUGGGACGCCGUGGGAGGGGGACGACUGAACGGAGCACCAAACAAGCUUGAGCAGGUGAUUCAGUUCCACGUGGGGGACAUCGUCACUGCCAUGCAAAAGACCUCGCUCAUUCCAGGCGGCAGUGAGUGCAUAAUCUACAGCACCAUGCUGGGGGCCGUGGGGGCGCUGCUGCCCUUUGUCUCGCGGGAGGACGUGGAUUUCUUCUCGCACCUCGAGAUGCACCUGCGCCAGGAGCACCCUCCCCUCGCCGGCCGCGAGCACGUUGCCUACCGAUCCGCCUACUUCCCUGUCAAGGAUGUGAUUGAUGGAGACUUGUGCGAACAAUUCCCGUCGCUUUCGCUGGAGCUGCAAAAGAAGAUUGCGGAAGAGCUUGAUCGCACACCAGGGGAGAUUCUCAAGAAGCUAGAGGACAUAAGAAACAAGAUUCUUGCGUUGAUUGGUGGUCCGCGCGUUGCGUUGAUCGGUUCUGUGCGGUUUGCUAUUCAUCGUCCGUUUCUUUGUGGGGUCCCGCUCGCCAUGGAUUUGCCUCCCCUUGACGGCGCAAGUCAGAGCGAAGUCGGAAUAACCAUCAAGACUCUCGAUAACCGCGCUUACGACGUCCGCGUGGACCUCGCGCUGCUCGUGAGCGCGUUGAAGGAGAAGAUCUCCUCGCAGGUGCAGGUUCCAGCUGGCAGCCAGCGAUUGGUCUUCCGGGGGAAGGUUCUCAAGGACGAUCAGACCCUCGCAUCCUACGGCAUCACUGCGGGCCAAGUGGUGCACCUAGUCUCGCGCCUCACGGGGGACUCCUCCCCUUCUUCCGCGCAUGGCGCACGCACGGGCACGGAGGGGGAGGGGAACCGCGUAAGGGCGAGGCUGUUGCGCGGAGGACAGGGGAGGGGCGGCGCAGGGGGGGAGAGGGGCAGCGGCGGCGGUAUGGGAGGGAUACGGAUUGUUCCGGGGGGAGGGUUUGGGGGAGGCUUGGGUCAUGUGCAGAUUGGCGGCCUGCCUGCCUCUGGAACCGUUCAUCUGGGCACGUUUAACCUCCCAUCGGACGGCUCUCAGGGCCUUCCGGACCUGAACCAGAUCGUGUCGGGUGUGCUUUCAUCCAUAGGCCUUGGAGCUGUGGGACUUGGGGGCAUAGGGGGAGGCAUAGGGGGAGGUAUGGAGGGAGCGGUAGCAGGGAGUGGGCGAGUGGUGGGGGGUGCAAGCGAGGCAGCAGGUCCUACUGCGAAUGUCACGAUUGACAUUGCCCCCAUCUCGAUGAGAGCCACUCAGGCUCUCAGACGCUCCUCCCCUGCCGCAAACAGUAAUGCUGCCCGCAACGCUCACACCACCGAUGCUGCUGCUGCUGCUGCUGCUGCUGCGGAUGGAGGUGCAGGCAGGGAUGGGGGAGAACGGGCGGAACAAGAGCAAGCAGGGGAGCAGAGAGCAGGAACGGAGCGAAGGGAGGGUGAAGCUGGGGAACGGAGGGAGGGAGUGGAAGAGGCAGAGGGUAGAGGGGGCGGGGUGCCAGAGGUGCAGAUUCACAUGGACACGUGGCUGCCUGUGAGUGGCUUUGCCAUGCCUGUGGGCAUGGCAGGGCCAGGCACGGGUAUGGGAGGAACGGGCAUGGGAGGCAUGGGAGGUGUGCGAACAGGCAUGGGAGGCGGCAUGGGAGCAGGCAUGGGAGCAGGCAUGGGAGCAGGCAUGGGAGCAGGCAUGGGAGCAGGCAUGGGAGCAGGCAUGGGAGCAGGCAUGGGAGCAGGCACGGGCAUGCCAUCGGUAAUGGGCAUGGCAGCACCAGCAGGGAUGGCUGUGCCGGUGGGCUUUCCCCUGGGCGGAUUCCCCAUCCCCAUGGCCGGCACCAUGGGUGUUGCCGGCCUGCCUCUCAUGAUGGCUCUUGGUGGCAUGGGGCCAGGGGGGAUUGGGAGGCUGGUGCAGCAUGGGGAGGAGCAGGAGGAAGGGGGUGUAAGGCACCCGCAGCAGCAGCAGCAGCAGCAGCAGGGGCGAGGCAUGCAGGGCGAAGGGACGCUCUUUCCACUGUGGACGAGUACAUAUCGCGUGUGGAGGGUCAGCUGA